GAUUGGGCUGAGGGGUAGGGGAGGAGGGAGAGGUGCUAUGGAGUGUGGCUGGAAAGGCCCAUUCCUCAUCAGGCUCCUUUUGCUUUCCUCCUCAGCCUGUGGCUUCUCCUAUGAGUUGGACCCCACCCUCAGGGAUCCGGAGGCCAUGGCUCGGCGGUGGCCAUGGAUGGUCAGUGUGCGGGCCAAUGGCAUACACAUCUGUGCAGGCACCCUCAUUGCCUCCCACUGGGUGCUGACCGUGGCCCACUGCAUGACCCAGAGUGAUGUUACCUACUCAGUGCGGGCGGGAAGUCCGCAGAUUGACCAGGUAUCGAAAACUACUGUCGACGUGCUGGCACAGCAGGUCAUCAUGAACCGCCAUUACCGGUCCCAUCGGUACUGGUCCUGGAUUGGCCGGGCCAAUGACAUUGCCCUCCUUAAGCUUGAGCGACCACUCAAGUACAACAAGUAUGUCUGGCCCAUCUGCCUGCCCGGCUUGGACUAUGAGGUGAAGGACCACACCCUGUGCACUGUGACAGGCUGGGGACUCCCCAGGCUUGACGGUGUAUGGCCCCAGUUCCGGACCGUUCAGGAGAAGGAAGUCACCAUCCUGAACAGCACAGAGUGUGACAGCCUCUACCACAGGUUCUCCAAAAUCCCCUCUCUGAUUCAGAUCAUCAACUCCCAGAUGAUUUGUGCAAAGGACGUCGACAGGGAGCAGUUCUGCUAUGAAUUAAGUGGUGAGCCCUUGGCCUGUCCUGUGGAGAGAAUAUGGUACCUGGUGGGAAUGGUGAGCUGGGGCCCAGGCUGCAAGAAGAGCGAGUUCCCACCCGUCUAUCUACACAUCUCCUCCUACCAGCAGUGGAUCUGGGAGCGCCUCAAUGGGCAGAUUCUGCCAGCCCCGUCCAGGGUCCUACUCGUGGCACUCUUGCUGCCCCUCAGCCUCCUUGCUGUCCUCUGACACUCUCUUGCUGUUCCUGGGUGAGCCCCCCC